CAACAGCGCCAUUUUUAAAGUCCUCGAAGCAGCUAAAAGAUUUUCUUUCGUUAACUUAAUAUUUUACCAUUAAACCUUGAUUAAAGAUGUAGUUUGUGCAAUGGAAAGAUCUCUUUUUGAGCUCGAUGAAAGAUUCAAGUCACAUACCAUAUUUCAUUCUAAGUUCUCCGAACUUACAGCUUCUACAAACACGUUCAACACAUGGGGAGAAAAAGAGUUGAAUGAAGUAGAAGCUCAAGUAGAGAGUGAUACACGAUCAUUAACACCCAUCAAUGAAUCCAUUAAAUGCUCGAACACGUCUGUCAACGAACUUUGUCGUAUAUUACGGAAGAGAAUCAAAUUUAAGUCGCAGCCUUUGGAUGUUUUGACGCCCAGUCAACAGCAGGCUUUAUUAGAUGUCAUUUUGUCAGAGUUCAGCAGUGCAUGCUCCGAAGUUGCUCAUCUUCCUUUCGAUCCAUUUCUUUCUGAUGAUGAAAACAGGGAAAUCAUCAGAUAUUUGGCAAUAGAACUUGUCACCAUUGCUGAAGAAUUAUACUUCUGCACUUUGGAUAAAGCUAAAGAGUUAUAUGACCGUGGCGUAUUCACUAGUUAUGCUAAUAUCAGACUCAAAACUCAAGUUGCUUUGGAGGCUAACGAAAGCCUUGAUUCGAGGAGGAUUCAAAAAAGUUUAACAUCAUGUUUUAAACAGUCUUUUUCCAAAGGACAAACCAAAUUAUUGUCUACUGUUGACUCUAAUCAUACUUCUUAUUCACUUCCCAAAAGACAUGUUGACACAAAGCAAUUUAGGAAGAAAAAGCAUAGUAUAUUGGAAAAACUUGUAGUCCUACCAAGGUUGACACAAGAGCAAAAGGAUAGAAAGAAAAGGGAGGUUGAUAUGGUCCAGCUCCAAACUCAGAUGCCCGACAUCUCACUGGAUAAAUUGGAAGAAGCCUUUGGAAUAUCUCAUCGUUAUAAUUUUGUGAGGAAGGGCAAAGUUCAAGAUGAACAGGAAAAGACGUUGGCUGACGCUGAAAGCUGUGAUAGCAGCAGCGAAAUUUUUACUGGAAUGAUCAAUCGCGAAAGGCGAAGCCAGUCACUACCAAAUCUUCUCGUUGGCGAAUCAGUACUAGAUGAACUUGGCAUUGCGCUGGAUGUCGAGUCAGAUUUAAAACGUUGCGACAGUAUCGACAAACUCGAGAUUAACCUUGCUGUAAAUGGUUGCUCAACUCGUUCAUCAAACAUUAGAAAAACUCAUCAUACAGAAAGUGGUCAGAUGUUGUGUUUAUCUGAAGAUUUGAAGAAAUUGGUGUCGAGUGAAAGUUUUACGAAUAAAAAUUUAACACCGGAGGAGUAUGAUCUUCCACCAUUGUUUCAGGCGAUGAGCCAUCAGAGUGUUAAACGAAAACAUAAGAAACCAUUACCUACGAAGAAUGAAAGCAUGGACAGAAAGAUGUUUUGUACUGUUGAGUCAUCGCAAGCUUCCAUUCAAGAACACGACGUUCAAAGAAACUUUUGCAACAUGACCAAUCAGUGCACGCGGCACAGUCUAUUGCAAACUCAGCAACAUGACCAAUCACAGCCAACUCCUCCCAUACAACCUGAUACUGUAUCAACAAAGCUUCCUAACGAGAGUAUUGUUCGGUUGUCGGACGUACGAGUGUCUAAUCGUGUGAACAAAUGUGAUUUGACUUUAAACACUUAUCCAACUGUGUAUAACGAUCUUAUUGGAGAGAUUGAUCCUGCCACAGUGAGGUGGCUCGACAGGAAUCUUUAUAUUGGUGAAGAAAUACGCGAAGUUUAUGAAGAAAUCAAUAAAACAGUACGAAAGCCUCAUCUACGAUUUGAUCAGGAUAAGCUUGUUGAGGGUCAUGCUACUGGAGUGACCUACUCCAGUACGUCACAAUCUUCAGCAUUGAUAGCAGGCAGUAAGGAUAAUCAUGUGAUCAAUCCCUCGUUGUACCGUGAUAUCCCCCCACCUUGGGGUAAUUUAAAUGUUGAGGAAUGGAAAAACAGUCCGAUGUUUGGUGGACUGGGUCGUCAGGACCUUUUGAAUAUGGGUUGCAAGCCAGCACCUGAUUUUCCUAGUAAGACCAGUAAAUUAUUCAACUCUUGGCUGGCCUGGUGGAGAUCCACUCUUACGACCGAAGAUUACUUCAAGUAUAUAACAACUCAGGAAAACGACUACUUAUCGUUGGUCUAUCAUCUUUAUGACUUUGACAGCGACGAUGCAAUUGAUGGCGACAGAGAUCGUACAUUGAACGCCAAAGAACUUGAAUUGAAAAGGUUGAGAGACGAAAAAAUAGCGGAGAUGAGAAAGCUCAAGGAGAAGUAUGAAGUCGGUUUUUGGAACGCCAACAGUGUUAUGCUGGGAGGUCUUGGAAAGUAUCCUUAUAUAUCUGAUGAAGAGCUUGGUUUCAAUGUUGAAGUUCGUGAAGAUAGUUUACCAACGCGAAUUGGAGAUCACAGUUUGACUCCUUCAAGUUGUUCUUCAAUGCACAACAAGGUUGAAAAUCAAUUGAGUUUACAAGAUCGUCUUGAAAAAGUUUGGAGCUCAUUGUGCAUGCCAGAAAGUCUAAGACUGGACAUGGCCAUUAAAUACAGUUCGGAAAAGUAUUGUGAUCUGCUAGAAGAGGUUAUACAAUAUUGGGAAAAUGCUGUGAAAUUGAUUUUGUCACGCGAGAAGCUGAUCGCGAAACUUGAAAAUUUUGAGCGUCUCGCAUCGGAUCCUAAUCGAUUCUUUGAAAGAGGUAAAGCUGGCUCUCCGCAUUUAAGAAUGAAAGAAGCCAAAUCAAGGAAGUAUUUACACGAGAAACUUGACAGCAUCGACGUGCGAAUUAAGAGAAUCUUGAAGAUUGUUCAUGCAUUUAGUGGCGAUGUGAUAACAUUUCAGGGUCGUUCAUAUUCGGAGAAAAUAUCAAAUGAUCGUACGGAAAUGUUGUAUUGGCUACAGCAAGAACGUCGCCAUGCUGCAUUGGAAAUCGCGAAAAAGAGCAUGGAACUGAAAAUACUCGAUGGUUCCACUUCACGUCCACCGUCAACUUCAGUUGCUGAAAGCUUGUAUUGACUGGUAAGAAAUGCAACGAAAUUAAAUCAUGAAUGUCACAUUUGUACGCCUCAAUCAGGGCCGUAA